UCUUACUCUCUGUUGCAGGGCAGCGCCAUCUCUCUCUCUCUCUCUCUCUCUCUCUCUCUCUCCCUCCCUCCAUCCCUUCCUUCAUCCUCCAUCACUCCAUUCAGCAGAAUGCAGGACAGGUUGGGAUGCUGAAACGACAGCGGAGGAGGGAAUGAACGAUGGGUGACACCUGAGCACUAGCAAACGACACGAUGAAUCCGGCCACAGGGGGCGCCGGAGAGUCCCCGCGGCAGACAGACAAUAGUAGCAUGAAGCAGCAGCAGCAGCAGCAGAGAGCAUCCUCCCCGGCCAGAGGCAAAGACGUUACACCCAAAACGCCCUCCAAAGGCAAAGCCGUCUCGUCGAAGCCCGGCGGCAGAAACAGCCGCAGCAGUUCUCCAGCCAACACCGGCAAAGACAAGCAGUCCGGCAAAAGCUCUGCGUCUGAAAGUCCCACUCUGAGAAGAGCAGAAAAGGGCAAGAAGAUCGAGGAGCGCACCAGCUCCACUGAAGACUCGGGCGGCACCGACGACUCCCCGUUAAAGGGCGACACUAACCGCGUAGUGUCCGAUCAGCCGAGCUCCUCCAAGGCCUCCCAAGGUAAAGGUAAGAGUCAGAAAGCAGAGGGGGCGACUGGUGGCAGCAAGCAAGCAGCUAAACACCCUGUCGGAUGUGGACCUGGCUUCUGGAGGGAGGGAUGCCUGCAGACUGAGUUGAUCCAGUUUCACAUGAACAAGAGCUUGAAGAAGGAAGGAGGAGCGCAGACCAAGACGGCAAACUCUCCACCCAAGGAGACGAUGGAGCUGUUGCCCCAGGCGGCUGAAAGGCCUCCUCAGGCAGUGUCUGAGAUGGAUGAGGAAUUACAGGCAGAAAUUGAGAGGCUGAAUGAUGAAAAUGAUGAUCUAAAGCAUGAAAUUGAGGAGAUGCGGGCAGAGAUGGAUGAGAUGCGAGACACGUUCUACGAGGAGGACGCCUGCCAGCUGCAGGACCUGCGCCGCGAGCUGGAGAGAGCCAACAAGAACUGCAGGAUCCUCCAGUACCGCCUGCGAAAGGCGGAGCGGAAGCGUCUACGAUACGCCGAAACGGGCGAGAUUGAUGGAGAGUUGCUACGGAGUCUGGAGCAAGAUUUAAAGGUGGCAAAGGAUGUAUCUGUGAGAUUGCAUAACGAGCUGGAAAAUGUGGAGGAGAAAAGGACAAAAACAGAGGAUGAGAAUGAAAGACUGAGGCAGCAGCUGAUUGAGGUGGAGGUGACGAAGCAGGCUUUACAGAACGAGCUGGAGAAGGCUAAAGAGGCAUCUCUGAAACGAAGAGGAGGCAAAGAUGCGCAGAAAUCUGAAAAGAAGACUCCACAGACUCCAACAGAGGAGGAAAAUGAAGAUCUGAAAUGCCAGUUGGCUCUUAUUAAAGAAGAAGCUGUACUGAUGAGAAAAAAGAUGGCUAAGAUAGACAAAGAGAAAGACCGGCUGGAACAGGAGCUCCAAAAAUAUCGCUCUUUUUAUGGUGAUGUGGACAGCCCUCUCCCUAAGGGCGAGGCUGGGGGACCCCCCACCACACGUGAGUCUGAGCUGAAGCUGCGUCUGCGGCUGGUGGAAGAAGAGGCCAAUAUCCUCGGCCGGAAGAUUGUGGAGCUGGAGGUGGAAAACCGAGGGCUGAAGGCGGAACUGGACGACAUGCGUGGGGACGAGCUGGCGGGGGGUGCGUCGGACCCCGUAUCCCGGGAACAGGGCGAAGCACUGUCAGAGCUGCGGCAGCAGCUGCAGCUGGUGGAGGAUGAGGCAGAGCUGCUGCGCCGCAACCUGGCAGACAUGGAGGAGCAGAAUAAGCGGGUGACGGGUGAGCUGAACAAGCUUAAGUACAAGGCAGGAUCACAUGAGGGUCCCCGUCACAGCGGAGGCGCAGCAGCGGAAAUGGCCAAGGCCGAAGCGCUGCAGGAGGAGCUAAAGGCCGCCAGACUGCAGAUCAACGAGCUGAGUGGGAAAGUGAUGCAGCUGCAGUAUGAGAACCGCGUGCUGCUUUCAAACAUGCAACGCUAUGACCUGGCAUCACACCUGGGCAUCCGGCCCAGCCCUCGUCCCAGCCCUCGAGACAGUGAUGCAGAGAGCGAUGGUGGCCGCAGGGAGAGUGAUGACGACUCCGCACGCCUCCCACCACACCGCAAGCGAGAAGGCCCAAUUGGUGGGGAGAGCGACUCGGAAGAAGUCCGCAACAUCCGAUGCCUCACACCCACUCGCUCCCUGUACUCCCCUGACAGCCGUUUUUUAUCUCGAAGCCUCAAGGACCGGCAGCAGAUGAUUGAUAUUCGCAUGGAGGCAGAGCGUUUAAGCAGGACCAUCGACAGACUGAUUGCUGAUACCAGCACCAUCAUCGCAGAAGCGCGGGUCUAUGUGACGAAUGGCGAGCUGUUUGGUCGGAUGGACGAGGAUGAUGAAGGCAGCCGGAUACGUGAGCAUGAGCUUCUCUACCGUAUUAAUGCCCAGAUGAAAGCUUUCAGGAAAGAGCUUCAGAGCUUUAUCGACCGCUUGGAUGUUCCCAAACCAGAAGAUCGGGAAAGUGAAGAGCCUCUCUCUAUGUUUCAGCCUAUCAUUUUGCUCAUCCUCAUUCUGGUUUUGUUCUCCUCCCUAUCGUAUGCCACUAUUUUCAAACUGGUUUUUCUUUUCACCCUUUUCUUUGUUCUUUAAGCCCCUUUCCCCUUUUUUACAGCCACGUUUUG